AACUCUUUUAGAAGCUUUGGCCUCAGAGCCUCUACACUAAGCUUCCCACCUGUAAAAUCCUUUUAAAUACAAAGUCUGCUUUCAUUUUUUGAUUGAAACCUGUUUGACAGGACAUUUAACCCUGCCGUGUGAACCGAGAGAGCUGCUUACAUAAACGCUGUCACUCUGUCAUUUCUAUGAACUUUAUUGCAAAACCCCUGGUUAAUGAAGUUGGGAUUGUUUCCCAUACACUAAAUGCAAAAAAUUACCAAAAAGUCCGGGCUGUCAGCAGAAUAUUUGUUUACCUCAGCAAUCCACUUGCCUAACCGGCAUGUGCAGUAUAGAGGAGCUAUCUGGGCAUUCCUAACUUCCCUGUACUGACUAUAUCCUCUUCCAACUCAACAUAUAUAAGUCUGAUGCAGCUUCUUUCAUAGAUCAACACUCUCAACAGCCUCACACCUUUUGUAAAUGCUGAAUUAAGCUUCGAUUGCUUGGAAAUUGAGGCAAAAACAUGUCCAAAACCAGAUUUUCAACAUAUUUGUGUUUCUCUUUUGCCUGCUGCUUCUAUUGCAGCAAAGGUAUGCCGACUAAACUCAACCAAGAGGCUUUGAACGACAGACCUGUGAUAGGUAUUUUGACUCAGAUAGUUACAGAUGAAGUCCUGAAACCUUUCGGUAGGACCUUCAUACCUUCCUCCUAUGUGAAGUUCAUCGAGUCUGGGGGCAGCAGAGUGAUGCCUAUCAGAUUGACUCUUAAUACUGCUGAAUAUAAAAAAAUCUUUGAGAAGAUAAAUGGCUUGCUCUUCAUUGGGGGAGCAGUAGAUUUGGAGACAUCAGACUUUGCCAGGGUGGCGAAGAUUUUUUACAAUCUCGCUCUGAAGGCCAAUGAUGAGGGUGACUUCUUCCCCAUCUGGGGUACAUGCAUGGGAAUGCAGCUGCUGACUGUGCUGGUGGCAGGUGAAAACCUGCUGGCUAACACCACAGCUGAGAACAUAGCGCUGCCCCUCAACCUGACCACAGCGGCCAGCUCUAGUAGGAUGUUCGAGGGUUUUCCCAGUGAGCUCAUGAGGGCUUUGACCCAAGAACCUCUCACUGGCAAUUUUCACCACUAUGGACUCACAGUAGAGACCUUCCAGGGAAAUGAGAAGCUGCAGAGUUUCUUCUCCCUGCUGUCUACAAAUGUUGCUGAGAACAAAGUCCACUUUGUCUCAACCAUAGAAGGUAAAAGAUACCCCUUCUAUGGAGUACAGUGGCACCCAGAGGUGAAUCGUUUUCAGUGGAACAGAAAGCUGAUCUUUCCCCACUCCUCUCAUGCUGUUCAGUUGUCUUCCUUGCUGGCUGAGUUUUUUGUCAAUGAAGGAAGGAGAAGUUUACAUCAGUUUGACAAUCCUGAGGAGGAGGACUCGUCACUGAUUUACAACUAUACGCCUGUCUAUACUGGAAACUUCACAGGAUAUGAGCAGCUCUAUUUCUUCUAAAAUCCUCUAGUGUCAACACAUGCACAUUUACUGUCUAUGGUACAGCACGACAGUUUCUUGUGCUGUUUUCAUUUGAGAGAGAGAGAGAGAGAGAGAGAGAGAGAGAGAGAGAGAGAGAGAGAGAGAGAGAGAGAGAGAGAGAGAGAGAGAGAGAUUCAUUUUGUCCAAUGACUUACUGUACUGGUCAUUGAAUACAUUAAGAGUUACGUCCACUGUAUUAGAUUAAAUUAUUAUUUCUUAGAUUUUAGUAACUGUUUUGGAGCUUUCGAUCAUGCAUCAUGAUGUUCAUCAGCAGAUGGAGUUGUCAUGUCAAUUGUAGAUGUGCAAAUUUCUAUUUGGUGAGAUUUUACAUGAACUUUGCUUCCAUGUCAAAUUUGAGAUUGAAAGUUCAUUGUUAACCUUGGGUCAAGAAUCAACGUUCAGUUUGAACUUAUUAUCAUUAUUUCCCCACUUAAUUUUACUG